AGCCGGGCCGGGGCCGGCCGGGACCAGGCCGGAGGCUGAGCGGCGGCAACGGCGGUGGCCGGGAGGGGGGAGGAGAGGCGCAGCCCGAGGAGCCGCCGCAGCAGCUCCCCCGCCUCCCGGGCUGAGGGAAUGCCUGAUAUCAUAAGAUAUAGACAACUCGCUUAAGCCAACGUUUCUGGACAGUAAGAAGCUGUGCAAAUCAAGAAAGAAGUGCUUAGAAAUAUUUUCACAUAAAGAGAAUUUUAGGAAAGGAAGAUGGAUCAACCUAGUGGAAGGAGUUUUAUGCAAGUAUUAUGUGAAAAAUAUAGUCCUGAAAAUUUCCCUUACCGUCGUGGUCCCGGUAUGGGAGUCCAUGUCCCAGCCACACCUCAGGGCUCUCCUAUGAAAGAUCGCCUCAACCUCCCAAGUGUGCUGGUGUUGAACAGCUGUGGAAUAACAUGUGCAGGAGACGAAAAAGAAAUUGCUGCCUUCUGUGCUCAUGUGUCGGAACUAGAUCUUUCUGACAACAAACUCGAAGACUGGCAUGAGGUCAGUAAAAUUGUGUCAAAUGUUCCCCAGUUGGAGUUUCUAAACCUGAGUUCCAACCCUCUGAAUUUGUCGGUUUUAGAAAGAACAUGUGCUGGGUCCUUCUCUGGGGUUCGCAAACUUGUCCUCAACAACAGCAAAGCUUCUUGGGAGACAGUCCACACGAUACUGCAGGAGUUACCAGAUUUGGAGGAGCUCUUCCUGUGCCUUAAUGACUAUGAAACAGUGUCUUGUCCUUCUAUUCGCUGUCAUUCUCUUAAGCUACUACAUAUAACAGACAAUAACCUCCAAGACUGGACUGAAAUUCGAAAGCUAGGAGUUAUGUUUCCUUCACUGGAUACUCUCGUCCUGGCUAACAAUCAUUUGAAUGCUAUUGAGGAGCCUGAUGAUUCACUGGCCAGGUUGUUCCCUAAUCUGCGGUCCAUCAGCCUCCACAAGUCAGGUUUGCAGUCCUGGGAAGACAUUGACAAACUAAAUUCAUUCCCCAAACUUGAAGAAGUGAGAUUGUUAGGAAUUCCUCUUCUGCAGCCAUAUACCACCGAGGAGCGGAGGAAAUUGGUAAUAGCCAGAUUGCCAUCAGUUUCCAAACUUAAUGGCAGUGUUGUUACCGAGGGUGAGCGAGAAGAUUCUGAGAGAUUUUUUAUCCGUUACUAUGUGGAUGUCCCAGAGGAAGAAGUGCCAUUCAGGAUGAAUUAUUCAUCAUUACUUAGAAUUUGGGUCUCUUUCAUCUUCGCACUCGUACGGCACCAAGCUCAGCCCAGGGAGCUCAUGUAUCCAUUCUGGCAGAAUGACACGAAAACCCCUAAAGUAGAUGACGGAAGCUCAUCGGAGAUUAAGUUGGCCACCCCUAUUUUCUUCUUCGGCGUUCCUUACCGCACUGUCUACGUGAAUAACAACGGAGUAGUUUCCUUCAAUGUGUUAGUGAGUCAGUUCACGCCAGAAUCCUUCCCCUUGACGGAUGGGAGGGCCUUCAUUGCUCCCUUUUGGGCCGACGUUCACAAUGGAAUUCGAGGCGAGAUCUAUUACAGAGAGACCAUGGACCCUGUCAUCUUGAAAAGAGCCACCAAGGACAUCAGGAAGUACUUCAAAGACAUGGCCACCUUCUCUGCCACUUGGGUUUUCAUCGUGACGUGGGAGGAAGUCACAUUUUAUGGAGGGAGCAGCACCACACCUGUGAACACCUUCCAGGCCGUCCUAGUGUCUGAUGGAUCUUAUACAUUCACGCUCUUCAAUUACUAUGAAAUCAACUGGACCACCGGGACGGCGAGCGGCGGCGACCCCCUGACCGGCCUUGGGGGUGUGAUGGCACAGGCAGGAUUUAAUGGUGGAAACCUCACCAAUUUCUUCAGCCUCCCGGGGUCAAGAACUCCUGAUAUUGUGAAUAUCCAAGAGACCACGAACGUCAACGUGCCAGGCCGCUGGGCAUUUAAAGUAGAUGGGAAGGAAAUUGACCCAGCCAAUGGCUGCACCUCCAGAGGACAGUUCCUUCGGCGAGGGGAGGUGUUUUGGGAUGACCUGAACUGUACCACCAAGUGCCGCUGCCUGGAUUUCAACAACGAGAUCUACUGCCAGGAGGCUUCCUGCAGCCCCUACGAAGUGUGUGAGCCCAAAGGCAAAUUCUUCUAUUGCAGCCCUGUGGAGACUAGCACGUGUGUGGUGUUCGGCGAGCCACACUACCACACUUUCGAUGGCUUCCUCUUCCACUUCCAAGGCUCCUGUGCCUACCUGUUGGCCCGACAGUGUUUGCAGACUUCCAGCCUCCCCUUCUUCAGCGUGGAGGCCAAGAACGAACACCGCGGGGGCUCUGCUGUCUCCUGGGUGAAGGAGCUCUCUGUGGAGGUCAACGGCUACAAGAUUCUCAUCCCCAAAGGAAGCUAUGGAAAAGUCAAGGUUAAUGACCUAGUGACUUCCUUGCCGGUCACCUUAGACUUGGGGGCAGUGAAAGUCUACCAGAGCGGCAUGUCUACUGCCGUGGAAACGGAUUUUGGGCUCUUAGUGACCUUUGACGGCCAGCACUACGCCUCCAUUUCCAUCCCAGGCUCCUAUAUAAACUCCACCUGCGGGCUCUGCGGGAACUACAAUAAAAACCCGCUAGACGACUUCCUCCGCCCCGAUGGCAGGCCGGCCAUGUCCGUCCUGGAUCUCGGAGAGAGCUGGCGGGUCUACCACGCCGACUGGAAGUGUGACUCGGGCUGUGUGGACAACUGCACCGUGUGUGAUGCUGUCACCGAAGCACUCUUCUUUGGCCCCGACUACUGUGGCUUCCUCAACAAGACGGACGGCCCCCUGUGGGAGUGUGGCACCGUCGUGGACCCCACGGCCUUUGUGCACAGCUGCGUGUAUGACCUGUGCAGCGUGAGGGACAACGGGACACUGCUCUGUCAGGCCAUCCAAGCCUAUGCGCUCGUGUGCCAAGCCCUGGGCAUUCCGAUCGGAGACUGGCGAGUCCAGACGGGGUGUGUGUCCACGGUGCAGUGCCCAAGCUUCAGCCACUACUCCGUGUGCACCAGCAGCUGCCCAGACACCUGCGCGGACCUGACGGCCUCUCAGAACUGCGCCGCGCCAUGCACAGAGGGCUGCGAGUGCAACGAGGGCUUCGUACUCAGCACCAGCCAGUGCGUCCCACUGCACAAGUGCGGCUGUGACUUUGAUGGCCACUACUACACCAUGGGGGAGUUCUUCUGGGCCACGGCCAACUGCACAGUGCAGUGCCUGUGCGAGGAGGGCGGGGACAUCUACUGCUUCAACAAGACCUGCCGGGGUGGGGAGGUGUGCGCUGUGGAGGACGGCUACCAGGGCUGCUUCCCCAAGCGCGAGACCGUGUGCCUACUCAGCCAGAACCAGGUGCUGCACACCUUCGAUGGCGCCGCCUAUGCCUUCCCCGCCGAGUUCUCCUACACCCUCCUCAAGACCUGUCCCGAGAGGCCAGAGUAUCUAGAAAUAGACAUCAACAAGAAGAAGCCCGAUGCGGGGCCUGCUUGGCUGCGAGGACUUCGUAUCCUGGUGGCCGACCAGGAGGUCAAGAUAGGAGGAGUCGGGGCUUCGGAAGUCAAGCUGAAUGGUCAGGAGGUAGAAUUACCCUUUUUCCAUCCUUCGGGGAAGCUGGAAAUCUCUCGAAACAAAAACAGCACGACAGUAGAGUCCAAGGGUAUUGUGACCGUCCAGUACUCGGACGUCGGUCUGCUGUACAUCCGGCUCUCCACCAUCUACUUCAAUUGCACCGGCGGGCUGUGUGGCUUCUUUAACGCAAAUGCCAGCGAUGAGUUCUGUCUCCCCAAUGGCAAGUGCACAGACAACCUGGCGGUGUUCCUGGAAAGCUGGACAACCUUUGAGGAGAUCUGCAACGGGGAGUGUGGGGACCUGCUGAAGGCUUGCAACAACGACUCAGAGCUGCUCAAAUUUUAUCGGAGCCGCUCCAGGUGUGGCAUCAUCAAUGACCCCUCCAACAGCUCCUUCCUCGAGUGCCACGGGGUGGUCAAUGUCACCGCCUACUACCGCACCUGCCUCUUCCGCCUGUGCCAGAGCGGGGGCAACGAGUCGGAACUCUGCGACUCCGUGGCGCGGUACGCAAGUGCUUGCAAGAACGCCGAUGUGGAGGUGGGCCCCUGGCGGACCUAUGACUUCUGCCCUCUGGAAUGCCCGGAGAACAGCCAUUUUGAGGAGUGCAUGACGUGCAUGGAGACCUGUGAGACGCUGGCCCUGGGCCCCAUCUGUGUGGACAGCUGCUCUGAGGGCUGCCAGUGUGACGAGGGCUACGCCCUGCAAGGCAGCCAGUGUGUCACCCGCAGCGAGUGCGGCUGCAACUUUGAGGGCCACCAGCUUGCCACCAAUGAGACCUUCUGGGUGGACGUGGACUGCCAGAUCUUCUGCUAUUGCAACGGCACGGACAACAGCGUCCACUGUGAGAGCAUCCCGUGCAAGGGCGACGAGUACUGCAUGGAGGAGGGGGGCCUCUACUACUGUCAGCCUCGCACUGACGCCUCCUGCAUCGUCUCGGGCUACGGCCACUACCUGACCUUUGAUGGCUACCCCUUUGACUUCCAGACCAGCUGCCCCCUUAUCCUCUGCACCACAGGAAGCAGGCCAAGCUCAGACACUUUGCCCAAGUUUGUCGUCACAGCCAAGAAUGAGGACCGGGACCCAUCCCUGGCCUUGUGGGUCAAGCAGGUGGACGUGACUGUGUUUGGCUACAGCAUUGUGAUUCACAGGGCCUACAAACACACGGUGCUGGUCAACAAUGAACGCUUAUAUCUGCCCCUGAAGCUGGGACAUGGGAAAAUAAAUAUCUUUUCCUUUGGCUUCCACGUGGUGGUGGAGACGGAGUUCGGCCUCAAGGUCGUGUAUGACUGGAAGAGCUUCCUGUCGGUCACGGUCCCCAGGAGCAUGCAAAACAGCACAGUGGGCCUGUGCGGCCGCUAUAACAGCGACCCCGAAGAUGAUCUGGAGAUGCCCAUGGGUCUGCUUGCUUCCAGCGUCAACGAGUUUGGGCAGAGCUGGGUGCAGAGAGACACCUUCUGCCAGGUUGGCUGCGGAGACCGCUGCCCUUCCUGCGCCAAGGUGGAAGGGUUCUCCAAGGUGCAACAGCUGUGCAGCCUGAUCCCCAACCAGAACGCCGGCUUCGCCAAGUGUCACAGCAAAGUGAACCCCACCUUCUUCUAUAAGAACUGCCUGUUUGACUCCUGCAUCGAUGGGGGCGCCGUGCAGACCGCCUGCAGCUGGCUGCAGAACUACGCCAGCACCUGCCAGACUCAGGGGAUCGCUGUGACGGGCUGGAGGAAUUACACAUCCUGCUCCGUCACCUGCCCGCCCAACAGCCACUACGAGAGCUGCGUGAGCGUGUGCCAGCCGCGCUGCGCCGCCAUCCGCCUCAAGAGCGACUGCAACCACUACUGCGUGGAGGGCUGCCAGUGCGACGCGGGCUACGUGCUCGACGGCCGGAGCUGCAUCCCGCCGCACAGCUGCGGCUGCUACGCCGACGGCAAGUACUACGAGCCCAAGCAGCUGUUCUGGAACAGCGACUGCACACGGCGCUGCCGCUGCUUCCGUCGCAACCUCAUCCAGUGCGACCCGCGCCAGUGCAAGUCGGACGAGGAGUGCGCGUUGCGCAACGGGGUGCGCGGCUGCUUCAGCACCAAGACUUCCUACUGCCUGGCUGCCGGCGGCGGUGUCUUCCGCACCUUCGAUGGCGCCUUCCUCCGCUUCCCCGCCAACUGCGCAUUCGUGCUGUCCACCAUCUGCCAGAAGCUGCCGGACAUCUCCUUCCAGCUCAUUAUCAACUUCGACAAGUGGUCGGCGCCCAACCUCACCAUCAUCUCGCCCGUCUAUUUCUACAUUAACGAAGAACAGAUUCUCAUCAACGACCGCAACACUGUCAAGGUGAAUGGCACACAAGUGAAUGUUCCAUUUAUAACUGGGCUGGCAACCAAAAUCUACAGCAGUGAGGGGUUCCUGGUGAUAGACACCAGCCCUGACAUCCAGAUCUACUACAAUGGUUUCAAUGUCAUAAAAAUCAGCAUCAGUGAGAGGCUGCAGAACAAAGUGUGUGGCCUCUGUGGCAACUUCAAUGGGGACUUAACCGAUGACUAUGUGACCUUGCGGGGGAAGCCAGUGGUGAGCAGCGUGGUGCUGGCCCAGAGCUGGAAAACCAAUGGCAUGCAGAAGAGCUGCAACGAGCUGCAGUUCUCACAGUACGCGGCCAUGUGUGAUAAUGUGCACAUCCAGAAGAUGCAGGGUGAUGGCUACUGCCUGAAGCUCACGGACAUGAAGGGCUUCUUCCAGCCCUGCUAUGGGCUUCUCGAUCCUCUCCCCUUCUACGAGUCCUGCUACCUGGAUGGCUGCUACAACCACCACAAGUACCAGCUCUGUGGCUCCCUGGCCGCCUACGGGGAGUCCUGUCGCUCCUUCGGGAUCCUCAGCACCGAGUGGAUUGAGAAGGAGAAUUGCUCAGGAGUGGUUGAAGAUCCCUGUGUGGGGGCGGACUGUCCCAACCGGACCUGUGAGCUGGAAAACGGAGGAGAGCUGUGCGGCUGCGCGGAGCCACCCCCCUACGGCAACAACUCCCAUGACAUCAUUGAUGCAGAGGUGACCUGCAAGGCAUCCCAGAUGGAAGUAUCCAUAUCUAAGUGCAAACUCUUCCAGCUCGGCUUUGAGAGGGAGGGCGUGAGGAUCAAUGAUAGACAGUGUUCUCACAUCGAGGGGGAAGAUUUCAUCUCCUUUCAGAUCAACAACACCAAAGGGAACUGCGGCAACAUUGUGCAGUCCAAUGGCACUCAUAUCAUGUAUAAAAACACAAUCUGGAUCGAAAGUGCCAACAACACUGGCAACAUCAUCACUAGGGACCGGACGAUCAAUGUGGAAUUUUCGUGUGCUUAUGAGCUGGAUAUCAAGAUCUCCUUAGAUUCUGUUGUGAAGCCUAUGCUGAGUGUCAUUAACCUUACAGUUCCAACCCAAGAAGGCAGCUUCACCACCAAGAUGGCCCUCUACAAAAAUGCCUCCUACAAACACCCUUACCGCCAGGGCGAAGUGGUGCUGACAACUCGAGAUGUGCUGUAUGUAGGGGUCUUUGUGGUGGGGGCUGACUCCACACACUUGAUCCUGACCCUGAACAAAUGCUAUGCCACCCCUUCCCGUGACAGCAAUGACAAACUCCGAUACUUCAUCAUUGAAGGAGGGUGUCAGAACAUUAAAGAUAACACCAUAGGCAUCGAGGAGAAUGGCGUCUCCCUAACCUGUCGCUUUCAUGUCACUGUCUUCAAGUUCAUUGGGGAUUACGACGAAGUUCAUCUUCACUGUGCGGUGUCACUGUGUGAUUCCGAAAAGUACUCCUGUAAAAUAACUUGCCCACAAAAUUCCAGGAUUGCCACGGAUUAUACCAAAGAACCUAAAGAACAGAUCAUUUCAGUGGGACCUAUUAGGAGAAAAAGGCUGGACUGGUGUGAGGACAACGGAGGGUGUGAGCAGAUUUGCACAAGCCGAGUCGACGGGCCUCUGUGCAGCUGUGUGACUGGGACCCUGCAGGAGGACGGCAAGAGCUGUAGAGCCUCUAAUUCUUCUAUUGAACUUCAAGUUUGGACGCUGCUUCUCAUCAUGACCCAGAUUUCACUAUGGCAUUUUGUCUAUAAAUCAGGCACGACCUCAUAA